AGCAAUUGAAAGAAAGAUAAUAAGCAUAUGGAUUCUGUGAAGCAGAAAGUUAGCAACACAGCUUCUGUUGCAAAACAACACCUCGACAUUUUGGCUGCCAAAUCUGAUGAAAAGGUGGAGAAAGCGAGGGCGAGGACGGAAGAGGAGAAAGAGAUAGCGGAGGAGAGAAGAAAGGCGAAGGAAGCCGAGGCAAAGAUGAAGCUUCAUGAAGCCAAAGCGCGACACGCCACCGAGAAAUUACAAGCCAAGCAAGCUCAUCUUCCUCCUCCUGCCGCCUCCGCUGCAACCCACCACCAUACCCACGGUGGCGGCGUUCUUGGCGGACAUGGCCACCAGGAGACUGCAGUCGACGCGGUGGUGCCUCCGGCUGGCUCCGCCGCGCCUUCCUACCCGCUCGGAGGCCAUACACAUGGAUACACCACCAGAAAUAUCUAGCAUUUAAUUUGUAUGUGUAUGAUAGGAUGUGUAGCCGAACCUGAUGGUGUUGCCCCGUUUAAUUUGUUUUCGUUCUCAUGCAUGUUGUUUCUCUAGUACAAUAUUUUCCUUCUAAGUUUCCCAAGGCGGGUGGGUGUUUUAAAAUUUUAAUGCUACUCCCCCUAUUGUUUCUUUUUUGACGUUGGAAAAAAAUAAGAAAAGUAUAAUUUUAGU